UUUUUUUUCUUAUUUUUUUUUUUUUUUUUUUUGGUAUUGAUUAUGGUUGAUGCAGCUAUGAAAUGUUCUUAUUGUACUUCUGCUGAAAGUGCAGAUUCGCCGGACUGGAUUCAGUGUAAUGCUUGUCAAGUCUGGUAUCACUCAAACUGUUUGAAUCUUGACGAUGUUUCCUUAAUCGACUGCUUCUAUUGUCCAAAGUGCACCGAAACACAUGGACCUAGCACUUUUAAACAAAAGCGAAAAUCAAGUCGAAGUCAAGCACGACUCAACUACGCCGACCUCAACGAGGGCAAAUCAGCGGGCGAUGAAAGAAUCUGGGGCAAAUUAAUCAGUGUUAAAUCGUUUGCUCGAGACAAAUUCAAACGCUACAGAGCCAAAGACGUUUCUAUGCAACUCUUGAGAUCAACAGGGCUCAAGGAACCCUUUGUGAUAGAACAGAACGAACCUGAAUUGGAAAUGAAAAUGCCCCCUUCAGACAUUACUGUGCAUCAAAUUGCUGAACUUGUUGGUGGCGAUGAUUAUCCUGUGGAAGUGAUUGAUGUCGCUUCACAGUCAGAACUUCCUGGCUGGACGAUGGGUCGUUGGGCAGCUUAUUUUCAUAGUCAAAAGAGAGACCGAAUCAGGAAUGUGAUUAGUUUGGAGAUUAGUGGAUCUGAUUUAGCAAAACAGAUUACACGCCCCAAGAUUGUACGUGAAUUGGACUGGAUUGAUUUGAUGUGGCCUACUGAGUUACAUCCUGAUGAAUUUCCAAGAGUUCAGCUGUAUUGUUUGAUGGGCACAAAGGAUUCUUAUACAGAUUUUCAUAUUGAUUUUGGAGGUAGUUCAGUCUUUUAUCAUAUCUUGAGUGGUGAAAAAACAUUUUAUUUCAUUGAGCCAACACCUAAAAACCUCAAGAAAUAUCAAAAAUGGUCCUCUUCUUCUGAACAAUCCACUACUUUUUUGGGCGAUUUAGUCAAAGAAUGUUAUUCUGUUCACCUUAAAGCUGGAAACACGAUGAUCAUUCCUUCUGGAUGGAUUCAUGCAGUGUAUACACCAAAAGAUGCUAUUGUCAUUGGCGGUAAUUUCUUGCACUCAUUUGGUGUAUCAACACAACUGCAAGUAUACGAGAUUGAAAAGGUGACGGAUGUACCACUUAAAUUUCAAUUUCCUUUCUACAAACGCUUAAAUUGGUAUGCUCUUGUCAAGUUUGAUACCUGGCUUGCAGAUAAAGACAAACAGGACGAAUUCUCGUUUUAUGAGCUUGCCAAUAUGGCCAUUUUGGCUGAUUUUCUUCGCAAAGAUCUCAUGAAAGGGGACACAUCUUUAUCUAAACAUGACACAAUCAGCAACAGUCUAAAGAAAUCACUUCAUAUUCCUGACACAGUGAGUGAUCCUUUUGGUUUAACAGAUCGUGUGCUUCGUUUGUCCAAGCAUAUCAUAGCCACAAGUGACAAGAUUCAACUUCCUUCCUCCAUAAAGCCCAAAAAGAACAAACGACCAAAACUAUCCAUCAAACUUACAACAAAGCCAACAAAGAAAGAAGAAGAUGACUUUGUUGAAAUAGAAGAGGAAGAAGAUGAUGAUUUCAAAAUUGAAGAAGAUGACGAUGAAGAGUAUUAUGAAGACAAUGAAUUCAAAAUUGAACAAGACGCGAUACCCGUUAUACACAACCAUGAAAAAAAGAAAAGAUCCAGGACAAAAAAGGUACAUAAAGAAUCCAGCAGCAGUGAUGAAGAAGACAGUAUGGGCACUGGCAAGAAAUCCAAUGCUGUAGACCCACUCUCUGGUCUGUUCUCCAAUCGUAAAAGAUCAACAUCCACUACAUCACAAAAAUCAACAAAACAACGCAUUUUGGACCGUAUUACAAAAAAGUAUUAAACCAACUUUUUUAUUUUAAA